UCAAGGCUCAUUCCGUCCCCGUGUUCAGUAUCUCAGUAGCCAUGGUUUUGUUGCUUCCCCUGCUACAUCUUCUUCCGGUUUUUCUAGGAUCUGCCGAAGCCGGCGCAUUAAGAUACGACCAGACCCAGACUGGAGACACCAACAUCCAUCUUCAGAUAAAGAACGUCGAGGUUCUUGCGCUCCUAGACGACGUUGCACCUGGCGAGUUUCAGUACGACUACGACUACAACGACUUCACAGAGAAGCCUCAUAAGCCCCACAAUGUCAGUGGUAGUUCCCUUGCGCCCCCCGAGCCCCCGGUACAAGCCAGUAACAUGACCAGUGACACCGCCUUCCCCACCAACUCUACCGUCCCCGACACUGCACCGCCCCCAGCACCCUCCGAGGAGCCCCUGCUGGGCCCCACCGCCACCCCCGAGGCUCCUCAGACGUCGCCCAAGAAAUCGCGACGUUGUGGCGCUGGCUUCUACCGCGACACGCUGGGCCGCUGUAGACGUAUAAGGAGGCCUCAUCUCCAGUAAGUCAGAAUGCUUGUGAAUCUGGGUCGGAAAAAGCCGAUAGAGACAUCUACAGAAUCCUGAACAUCGGAAUCGGUUACUUCACUGAGGCAGGUCCUUCAAUUGACGCCAUUGUUUAAGUAUAGAUCUUACAUAUUAGUAAGAUAAUAUGGUGCUAAAGUGUUAAUUGUAAGUAAAUAAACAUAUGACUGUUAAAUUAAAGUAAAUAAACAUGUGACUGUUACUUGUAUCCACGACAUUGCGCUGUGGAUCAACUAGCACCGUGUUUGCCCAAUAUUUGCUCAAUAGUUAUAUCAUUUUUAUAUGAAUAUGUUAUUAUUUAGUUGUUAUUUUCACAAAUUGUUUAUAUAUUUGGCUUUGUACAAUUAAAACCAUUUAUUUAAAGCUUUUUUUGACGAUUGAA